AUGACGGCAGCGGCCACUGGGACGGCGAGGGCCGCAGAGCCCCGCGCGCCGGCCGGUCCCGGGAGCUCGGCACCUUCGCGCCCCGCCCGCCGGCCCCGCCCCUUUCUCUGCGUGCGGCCAAGAGCCACAACCCCUUCUCCCUUCCUGAGGUCGGUGGCUUCUGCCCCUCCCUCUCUCUGUCCUCUCAGGCCGCCUCUAGGAGCUCAGAGCCGCGGCCGCGCGUACACGCCCGCCCGUCUCUUUCUCCGGCGCGCGCGCGCGCACGCCGGCGUCUUUGUUGCCCAGAGCUCCUCGUGCGCGUGUGCGGCGUUCUCCCCUCGGCCCUUUCUCCGUGGAACUACAGUUCCCAACGUGCAGUUCGGCUCUACGUCGUCGUCAAGGGCCGACGCUCUGCCGACUUCGCUGCGCCUGGGAGCUCCUUGGCUGGCGACCUUGUUCCCGAGUUCCAGAGAAGGACCGCUGAGGUUUGAGGAUCUGGGGAUCAUGGAGCUUCCGGACCUGAUGCGGGCGCCCGGUCGUGGACUGCCUCACCCUGCUCCGCUCCCGCUCGGGGUGAUCCCGCGCCCAGGUCUGGUAUCCGGGGACUGUGACUCGCAGGGUCCGCCAUGGAGCCAGAGCAGAUGCUGGAGGGACAGACGCAGGUUGCAGAAAAUCCUCACUCCGAGUACGGUCUCACGGAUAACGUCGAGACCACCAAAUCCCAUUGAAUUUCUAGCAUCAUAUCUUUUAAAAAACAAGGCACAGUUUGAAGAUCGAAACUGAUUGGGAAGAACAGAAAAAUUUGCUUUCUACUAUAGAUUUACAUGAUUAAGAGGCAGCUUUAAUUGCCAUGAUUUCCCCCCACCCCUUUUUGGAAGUAUAAGAACCUUCAGGACAACAACUUGUUCUUGGAGUUGCAGAAGAAAACAUAUUUCCCUUAUUUUGAUUUAAUCACCAUACUUAUAUUUAAAGAGUGUAUUAUGUGCAAUUUUUUCUCAGAUUGUCUUUAACUUUGUUUUUAAAAUGACCUUCAAAAUAAACUGUUAAAUGUCA